CAGCGAUGAAGAUGAAGAAGGCCAGGACCAGCAGAAACAAGGGCCGUAGUAAUUGGUAACUUACUUCUACGGCAGAAUAUUACACGAUCAUCUAAUAUUAUCUUCACCGAAUUUUUAUUUUUUCUUCAACAUCGACAUCGACUCAACACGAGGACCUCCUGUAGAACUUUGGUCACUUUAUUCGUAAGGGGACCCAGAGUUCUUAUCUUGAGUUCUACUUUCUACUACAGUUCUUGCUGAAAAAGUUGUUCUUCAACAAACAGCAAACAAGAUGCCGGCAGGCGGAUACAGCGUCCAGCCUCGUCUGGACUACCAGACGAUCGUUGGUGUCGAGGGUCCCCUCGUCAUCAUGGACAAUGUCAAGUUCCCAACAUUCGGUACAACUCUUUAACGAUGUAGAAGUAGACUUGUUCUCUACAACAACUUCAUCAAAUGUUUAUUCAACGAAAAUAAAUUGUAAUUGAACUACCUCUAUGUUGAUCGCUAUAAUCCGCCAAAUAAACCAGGUGAGAUCGUCAACGUCUGCCUUGCGGAUGGCAGAGUUCGACAGGGACAGAUUUUGGAAGUCAACAAAAAGAAAGCGAUCGUUCAGGUCUUUGAGGGAACCUCUGGCGUCGAUGUGAAGAACACCCACAUCGAAUUCACUGGAGAUGUCCUCAAGAUGCCGAUCUCCGAUGAUUUGAUGUUAUGUUGAGGUUGUAGUUUUGACAUAAUCAUGGUAAGAUUUCACCUCUGCUUAUCCCGUCAAACAAUAGUGAUAACGAUAAGAUAUUAAAGAGAUUUCAACAUCCGCCACUUCCAUAAUGAAUCUUCACGACCAUCAGUAUCAUCAUCAUCAUCAUCAUCAUCCUUAAACUCCUUUUUCCCCCUCUAAGCACAGGCCGCGCAUUUAACGGUAGCGGUAAGCCGAUUGACAAGGGACCCCCAGUGUUGGCAGAGGAGUUUUUGAGUAUCCAGGGUAACCCGAUGAACCCGAAGGCACGGGUCUACCCGAAGGAGAUGAUUGAGACCGGUGUCUCAACAAUCGAUGUGAUGAACUCAUUGGUAAGAGAUACUGAUUGCAACAGUCAUGUAUUUCUGACUUGAAUCACACCAAACUAUAACUACCAAUAAUAUUAACUGAUAUUUAUUACGGUAAAAGAUGUUUACGCUCCUUCCCACUACAACUAAAAUCAACUAAGUACCAAGAACAAGAAGCAAGGAUUCGUAACAAACUUUUGUGCUCGUGUCUCACUACCUAUAUCUUCUCCUAGGUCCGAGGUCAGAAGUUGCCUCUUUUCUCUGCCGCUGGUUUGCCGCACAACGAAAUUGCGGCCCAGAUCUGUAGGCAAGCGGGCUUGGUGAAAGGAAAGGACGUGAUGGAUCAUAGUGUAGACAACUUUUCUAUCGUUUUCGCGGCAAUGGGUGUGAAUUUAAGGGUUGAAAUAUUUCAUUUUUGCACGCUUUUCUCCCUUGAGUUUGCAGUUCUUCAAAAAUGAAAUGUUUCAACCUUUAAUGAAUAUGGAGACGGCGCGAUUUUUCCGCAACGAUUUCGAGCAAAACGGAAGUAUGGAGAACGUUGUGUUGUUCUUGAACUUGGCAAACGAUCCAACAAUUGAACGAAUCGUCACGCCAAGGUACUAUACAGCUUAGUUCAAACGAUCCAACAAUUAAAUCGAACCAAUUGUCACGCCAAAAGCCUCGGACCUGACACACAAUCAGCACCACCAACACCACCUCAGAUUGGCCCUGACGACUGCCGAGUAUUUCGCUUACACGAGAGAAAUGCACGUGUUGUCAAUUAUGACUGAUGUGUCUUCAUACGCCGACGCCUUGCGAGAGAUCUCAGCGGCCCGUGAGGAGGUUCCCGGUCGUCGUGGUUACCCAGGUUACAUGUACACAGAUUUAGCACAGCUCUACGAACGAGCAGGCCGAGUCGAGGGAAAGAACGGAAGUACUUCUUAAAUCUAUCAUUUAUUGUAGCUAGAGUAGUUACUAGUAACUCCUACAACCUUGUUGGUCGUCAGCAUCCUGAAUAAUUUACAUCGUUACACUCAUACUCAUUCAAUCCAACGGCGACAUUAUGGUCACUAUCCCAACAUCCUAAUCGCCGCAACCCACACCUAAAAUGAAAGGUAUCACGCAGCUCCCCAUUCUCACUAUGCCGAACGACGAUAUUACCCACCCGAUUCCGGAUUUGACCGGGUACAUCACGGAGGGACAGGUCUUCGUCGACCGUGGCCUCCAUAACAGACAGAUUUAUCCUCCGAUCAACGUGCUACCAAGUUUGUCGCGAUUAAUGAAGAGCGGUAUCGGAAAGGGUAUGACCCGAGUGGAUCAUGCUAACGUCUCCGAUCAGUUGUACGCAAACUACGCGAUUGGACAGGUACUGAGGAAGAAUUACUGGAGUAGAAUUAGUGGAGGAAUAGUUUCUCGCUAAACCUGAAACUUAAUAGAAUCCUUCAUGCAAGAGCAAGAACUUCCAUCUUGCUCUCCAUCCAAGAACUUCAUAUACUACUACAUCAUCUUCAUCAACACCCUUGCUCGUCCUCCUUGUUACUCUCCGACCCCACGACCCUCCCCGACACCCUCCCCGACACCGACUAUUAUCAUCAUAGGAUACGCGUGCCAUCAAGGCGGUUGUCGGUGAGGAGGCCUUGAACGACGAGGAUCACCUCUACCUCGAAUUUAUCGACAAAUUUGAGGAGCGCUUUGUGCAACAGGGACCAUAUGAGAAGCGUGACGUCUUCAACUCCUUGGAUCUGGCAUGGGAGUUGCUCCGGAUCUUCCCGGAAGAUAUGCUCAAGAAGCUGCCAAAGAAGAUCAAGGACGAAUUCUACUCGCGUGACCGUGAAAUCGCGAAGGCAGCUAAGGCAUAAGUAGUUAUUGGGUUUUCCUGUCUUCACGUUAACUUGUUCUUAGUACUAGUUGUAGAAAAAGUGUGACUCUAGUACUUAGUUUGUUGAUGUAGUCGUAUUUUUUAAAGGUGAAACGUUUGCGUCAACGUAAUUUGGAUGAAUGAAGGUGAUCCAGACAAUACUUUAGGUAGAGGCCAUUGCGACUAUAGUGGAGUCUUAGUCGCAGGCAGAUUCUUCAUGAAGAACGCGAAUCUAAUUAAUAGAGAUGUUGAAGAAAUAAUUUACGUUGUGGAUUAGCAUUAGCUAGCACUCUCAAGGUGCAAUGUGAAGUAUCACGACUACUCUACUAGGUAGCGCAACACAUGAUCAGGGGUCUUCUUCAUACCGCAGAAAGAGUCUACUAGUACAACUCUUAUACCCUGUUCUUCUUGACAAAAGAGUCUGACGAGUCUAGUAGUGAUCUAUCGCCGUAAAGACAAAGAGGCUCACGUCGGCUAAGUUUAGAAAAACCUUUCUACGGAGUCUAUUGCGGCUCACGAACAUAUCGUACACAUCCACGCUUACCUAUGAGAAGCUUAUCAGAUAACUACAGCCACUUACAUCAAUUCUUAUACGAUCCCCAGAAAGUAACUAAACAGUCUUGCAACAGGACACGACAUAAAAGGUCGAAAGUUUAAUGGUGCAAGGUCAGAUCUCGGGACUCGUUUUUGCGACGGGUUCUGCGAGCUGACUUUUGACGGGAAGAACAAGGACAAUCUGCUCUUCACCAAUAUUUCUUGAGAUUUCUUCAGCCGGAGCGAGUUGACGGACGAGCCUGCUAU